CCUCUAGAUUUCUAGGCAAGGGGGAUUGCCAUAUUUCCGGGAGUCAAUGGUGAAAGAGGGAGGUUUCAUUCCUGUCCCUGAUCUAAGGGACUCAAUGUCAUAUAAAUCAUUCUUGCCGCGAUCUCUGGCAUUAAAAACCCCAUUUUCCAUUGCUCGAAUUGAGGAAUUAAAGAAGCUUUUUGGUGUGAUAGAUAAAUCAAUUAUGGAUGAGUAUAUUCAAGAAACCCUUGAGACAUGUGAGAAUAGCCCCAUUCAAGAUCAGCAGAGUAGUUGCGCGAUUUCGGCUGAGGAUCUCAUCGAUUUUGUUGUUGAGAAAUUAGGGCACCAUGUAUGUGUAUGGAGUACUGAGAGUAUUGAAGGAUCUUAUGAGAAUGUCACAAUUGGAGCUGUAAAACUCAUCCAUGCAAACCUCUUUGAACCACCAGCCUUAUGUCAUAGUAUGCCAUUCUUAUAUCAAGUCUAUUAUUGUCAUGUUUUACAUAAAGUAAAAGUAUAUGCAGUUGAUAUACAUGCCCAGAAGAAACAGAAUCAUGCAAUCAUGGCAUGCCACUAUGACACAUCAACUUGGAAUCCAAACCAUAUCGCUUUUAAGCUUCUAGGUUUUGGCCCAGGCCUAAUUGAAGUUUGUCACUGGAUAAACCAGAAUGGACUAGUCUGGACAAAGACUAUUGGUUGA